CGCGCACACUGCGCAUGCGCGAACAUUUCCCCAGCAGGUAAACUCCACCAUGGCGGCGAGAGGCCAUGUGCAGGACCCCAACGACAGGAGACUCAGACCCAUAUACGAUUACCUUGACAAUGGCAACAAUAAGAUGGCGAUACAGCAGGCAGAUAAACUGCUGAAGAAACACAAGGACCUGCACUGCGCCAAGGUCCUAAAGGCCAUUGGCCUUCAGAGGACUGGAAAGCAGGAUGAAGCCUUCACUUUGGCGCAGGAAGUGGCCACUCUGGAGCCCACUGAUGACAACUCACUACAAGCUCUGACUAUUCUGUACAGGGAGAUGCAUCGUCCUGAGCUGGUCACCAAGCUGUAUGAAGCUGCAGUGAAGAAGGUUCCUCUCAGCGAGGAGUAUCACUCUCACCUCUUCAUGGCUUACGCUCGCGUGGGGGAGUACAAGAAGAUGCAGCAGGCAGGAAUGGCGUUGUAUAAAAUCGUCCCCAAGAAUCCGUAUUACUUCUGGUCUGUCAUGAGUCUGGUGAUGCAGGCCAUCUCAGCACAAGAUGAGAAGCUGGCCCAAACCAUGUUCCUGCCUCUGGCUGAACGCAUGGUGGAGAAAAUGGUGAAGGAGGAGAAGAUCGAAGCAGAAGCAGAGGUGCAGCUGUACUUCAUGAUCCUGGAGCGCCUGGGAAAGUGUGUCGAGGCUCUCGAGGUGAUCAGGGGCCCACUUGGAGAGAAGCUGACCAGCGAGCUGCAGAGCAGAGAAAACAAGUGUAUGAUGCUCUACCAGAGGCUACAGCGCUGGCCCGAGUGUAACUCCCUGGCCCACAAGCUGCUGCUCAAAAACCCUGAUGAUUGGCAGUUCUAUCCCUCCUACUUUGACUCUCUCUUCCACCUGAUGGACCAGUCGUGGAGUCCGCCAGAAGAAGGAGAGCACUGUUCGGAGGGUUCGGUACAUCACACUGUGGCUGAGGUGGUGAGGUUUGUGGAGGAGAGAAUUAAAGGGGAGGAUGGCAAAGACUCCCGAUCACUCAGAGGACCCUAUUUAGCUCGUCUUGAAUUAAUGCACAGACUGAGAGAAAGGGGCUGUCCUGAAGAGAGCCUGUUAGGUGAGCCUUUAGAGCUAAUGGUGCAGUUCUUCGGGAAGUUUGGAGACAAACCCUGCUGCAUCACCGACCUAAAAAUAUACCUCCAUCUGCUCUCGCCUGAACAGCACGUGCAGUUCAUUAACCGUCUGAGUGAAGCGGUCCCGCUGGGGGAGCAGGGAGAGGAGGGAUUCGCUUUUCCAGAGGACACCAAAGCGCUGCAGAGGCAUUUGUGCGUGUGCCAGCUGAGUCGAGCGCUCGGGCUGCAUCACGCUCUCGACGUGGACGGGAAACUGCGGCUCAUCGCAGAGCUCAAAGCUCACUAUCGGCACGGACUCAAGUUUGGGAAGAACGCUCUGAAGACGGAGCUGCAGUUCUCUGAUAUGUAUUGUCUCAUGGCAGCUCAUGUAUACAUCGACUUAUGGACAGACACUGGGGAUGAGAGCAUGGUGUGGCAGUGUUUGGGCGUCCUCCAGGAGGGUCUGUCUCUGAGUCCCUCCAACGCCCAGUUCAAGCUGCUGCUGCUGCUCGUCUACUGUCACCUGGGAGCCUUUGAGCCUGUGGUGGACCUCUACUCCAGCCUGGACGCCAAGCAUGUACAGCACGACACCAUCGGGUUUCUGUUAACGCGCUACGCUGAGUCAUUGGGUCAGUUCGCUGCAGCCUCCCAGUCCUGUAAUUUCUCCCUCAGGUUUUUCCACUCUAACCAGAAAGAUACCUCAGAGUAUAUCAUCCAGGCGUAUAAGUACGGAGCGUUUGAGAAAAUCCCAGAGUUCAUCGCUCUCAGGAACAGGUUGAACCAAUCGCUGCACUUUGCCCAGGUCCGCACUGAGAGGAUGCUGCUGGACCUGUUCCUCGAGGCUGAUAUUGUGUUGAGUCUGGAGGAGAGCGUGAAGGCCAUGUCUUUGUCUCCAGAGGAGGAUGACAUCCCCUGGGAUAAUAUGAGGGACAACAGAGACCUUACUGUUUUUACCAGCUGGGACCCUAAAGACAGACAGUUAACUGAGGAGCACCGGCGUCGUUCUCUGGAGGAAGAGUCCGUGUGGCUGAGGAUACGCUCUCUAACACUUCGCCUCCUCGCCUCUUUGGCCGCUCUGGGACACACGCCAUCGCAACAGAACUCUGAGGUGACCAACGAAAACGGAGUGGGAGACAAGACCUCGAUCCUCAGCAGCCUGCUGUCGCAGCUCAACCAGACUCUGCAGACGGCUGCUCAGAUAGCAGAAAAACGCGUACAGUAUCCAUUCCUGGGACCCCCCUCCACCCGCCUGGCCCCAGCUCUGUCCAGUGGGAGCUGUCAGUGCCAGGCUGCAGCCCUCCAGCUGUCUGUCCACCUACAGGAGCUGGAGACCGUUGGACUCGAUGAGUCGUCAGAGCUUCAAACCCAGAUCUGUAACGGUUUCAAAUCAUUAGUAGUUCAGCUUCAAGAAAUACUGAAUAAAUGCAAAGGGGAUUUAUUGGAACUGAAAGAGAGCACAUUAAAAACCUGGCCCUCCUUAUUAGAAAACCUAGUCUUCUUUGUUGAGACGGUGUGCAUAGUCUUGUGGAUGGCUAGUCACUGUGCCAAGAUCCUCCGACCACUCAAGACAAGUCUACAGAAGAAGAAGAAGAAGAAAAAGGAUGCAAACACAGCUCUGCCAGCGGUGGUGUGUGGCUUCCAGGAGCUGACGGGGAGCUUGCAGGACGUGUUCACCCAGGCUCUGGAGCAUAUAAAGGGGCAGGAGACUGGCAUGACGGCCCUUAAACUGGCCAGUUUAAGUUUGGAAGGACACACACAGGAGGAGGCGUCGUUUACGAAGGCUGCUAUGGACAAGGUGCAGAGCAGUUACCUGCGCUCACUACAGGAGGUGGGAGAUCUGCUCAAGAAGAGAGCAGAAACUAUAAAGAACCUCAAGAUCUGAGCACCAUCACACACCCCAAAUAAUGAUGACUGUACCCCCACCACCACCACCACCAUCACCAUCAGCUCCCCCUCUCUCCACCACCGUCUGUCUGCCCACCAGCUAACCUUCGACUCCUACAGCCUACCUACAACCCGCCCGGCCUCCUCUCCUCCUGCAUAUUUCUCCAGUCGGCGUUUGUGAGCUCUCAAUCUGGAUUUUUCUUUUUCUUUCCCCUGGACACACACCUCUGGAACAUUUGCAACUCUUAUAGCACACGAGCUUGUAAGUAAACUCAUGAAUUUAUACAGCAGCAGUUAUAAGUGAAAAAUGAGGAAAAAAAGACGUGCUCCUUAAAAAGAUAAGAAUAGAGCAAAUUAGGAAAAAUGAAUACGCAGUUUUAGAAGAACUAAUCUAAUAAAUUAUUGUACAUAGUAAAGAGCAACUACCACAACUCUCAAUGACUAAAUGAGAAUAUAAGACACAAUAAACCACUAUUCUGUUUGUCAGUUACGUUUCCUCUUUUUAUUUCUCACCAUAUUUCUCUGGUGAGAACAAUCACACACAAACACACACACACACACACACACAGGGACUGUUAACACUAAGGAGGAAAGUUAUUUCAAUGUGCUGCUUUUCCAGCUGUUUCUCUCCGUCAAGAGCAAGCAGGCACAAUUUUGCAUUGAACUGAUGAGCCCUCUGGAAACAUGGACACCUGGCUACCUGCAGACUGAAGUUCCCCCCAUUCAGCAUUUAUUUUGUCUUUUCUUCUUCUUCUUUUUUCUUUGCUUUGUGUAUCCUGUGUGUCGCUUUGAAAGUGGAACCACCUCCUGUAGUUGCAGUAUUAUAAAGAGCAGCGGUGGGUUGAGUUAAAGGACUUAUCUUUUUUUUUUUUUUUUUAAUCUGAAUUGUCUGCCGCUAUUCUUUCUUUUCUUUUUUUAAUACCAGUAGAAGCGGUGCUUGUAAACAUGUCUCUUGUGGAACUGGGUUUGUUUCAGCACAACAACAAUAUAUUCAGGCAUGGAUCAAAUAAUCAGAAUCCUUUAAGACUGGAUUGAUUAUAAUUAUUUAAGAGACCAUUUUAAUAUUAAUGUGAACGUCUGUACUUUUCAACCUGGACUCUAUUUUCCCAUGUUUUUGUGUCCGAGUGACGAAUGGAGGCAACAGUUUUUCAAGAGUGUUCAGGAAAAGUGCUUGUUUUUGUCACUGACAGGCUCAGAUUGUUAUUCUAUGUGUGUGAAAUUAUGGAAAGGAUCCCUACAGAGAUAGAGCUCGUUGUUUAAGAUUAACAUCCUAUUUAUUUAACAAGAAACACCUCUGAAAUCAUGAUUGCCACACCCACCAUCCUCCAUUUAAAUAGUACUUGUUUUUGCCACUGACAGACUCAGAUUGACAUUCUAAGUGGAGGAAAGGAUCCCUACUGAGAUAGGCUUUUUUGUGAAAGAUAAGGUCCUUCUGGUUUAACAAGAAACAGCCCCAAGAUCACAAUUGCAACACCCACCAGACUCCAUUGAAAUAGUGUUUGUUUUUGCCACUGACAGGCUCAGAUUGUUAUUCUAACUCUGUGACAACAUUAUGAAAGGAUCCCUACAGAGAUAGAGCUUUGUGUUAAAGAGUCAGAUCCUUUUUGUUUAACCAGAAACAGCCCUGAAAUCACAAUUGCUACACCCACCAGACUAAAUUUAAAUUGCACUUGUUUUUGACACUGACAGGCUCAGAUUGUUACACGUGUCUGACAACAUCAAGGAAAAGGUCCUCACAGAGAUAGACUUUUUUUUUUAAGACAAGAUCCUUUUCAACUACAGGAAACAGCCCCAAAAUUGCUAUAGCCAAAACCCACCAGCCUCCAUUUUAUAUAAUGCUUGUUUUUACCACUGACAGGCUCAGAUUGUUAUACAUGUUUGACAACAUCAAGGAAAGGGUCCUUACAGAGAAAGAUGUUUUUGUUAAUAAGAAAGGUCCUUUUUGUUUGACAGGAAACAGCCCCAAAAUUAUGAUUGCCACCAGAUUAUUAUUCUAAGUGCCUGGCAACAUUUUGGAAAUGAUUCCUACAGAGACAGAGCUUUGUGUUAAAGAGUCAGAUCCUUUUUGUUUAACCAGAAACAGCCCUGAAAUCACCGUCACCAAACCCACCAGCCUCCAUUUAAAUAAACAGUCAUGUUAGUGUGUAUAGAGGCAGCAUGUUGUCACAUCUAACUGGUGAAUUAAGGGUUAAUUUAAACCAAACCAGAGCUGGUGACUGUUGGAACAGCUGAGAGAUGAACCAAGAUGUUUUCUUUUUCAGGGCUGUUUCUGGUUAAACAAAUAGGAUCUGACCCUUUAACACAAAGCUCUAUCUCUGUAGGGAUCCUUUCAUAAUGUUGUCAGACACUCAGAAUAACAAUCUGAGCCUGUCAGUGACAAAAACAAACACUUUUAGUGGACGUAAAUUACAGUGCGCAAUUGCCCCUUAACGUUACAAUGCAGCCUGUUUCAUCGAUGCCAGCUGCAGCACUCUCUCUCAGUAUUGGACCAAAAUCACAAACUGUCACCACCAUGAGUCACUAAGCAAAAAAACGUGAAAAAAAUAGGGUUCAGGUUGAAAAAUAUCGAAGUUACCCUUUAAUAUUCACCAAGAACUGUACAUUUUAUACUCAUCCACAGUGUGUCGCUGCAGGCAUGGGAAGUCUCUCUCUCAGAAUUCAUCAGUAUGCAAAGAACAUCAUCACCUGUUAGAGGAUAUCCAUGUAUGUAGCGACACAACGGCAAAUACAAGUGCACAAACUAAUAUAAUUUAUUAGGAUGAGUGUUUUGGCAGAGUUGUAGUUCAGUCCAGAGCAGAGCACCGAGAGGAUUUUGUCCACUUUGACCCAGAUCUGAUCCAGUACACAGUUAUUUUGAGCCAAACUGCAGCUCUGCAGAAUAUUUAUAACCUGGGAAGCAGCUCAAACCCACAGAGGUGUGUUUCACAGACAAACUUUGGACCUAAGUGUAAAUAAAGAGGUUGAGGCAGCCUUUUCAGAAAACAGCGUGAAUGGACAUUAGUGUGUUUUUAAAAACAGCUGCAGUAGAUACCAUGAGAUUUGUCCUGUGUUGAUGUUUUUGUCAUUCCCGUUACAGACACCCACCUCCUCCCUCCUGCCUGAAACACGUCUCAUGAACCAAAACAAUUUCAGCUUCAGCAUCUCCUCAGAAAAAUGAGCAUCUUCUAUAAUAAAUAACCAGUGAGCGAUAAAAGCAGAUCUAGUUUACAGACAUCACCCACAAGCACUGAUGCACCACUGCAGGUAGUGUGCAGUUUGGUUUUUGUUUUAUUAUGUUGAUAAUUUGGCAGAGCAAUGUGAAAAUGUGAGUAAGCCUCUCCCUCCUGUUGGUGUUGUAUCCGCUUACAAUCACACACACACACACACACACACAUCAGCUGAUAGAUGCCUUUGUUUUUAACACGUGUCUGAACGACCCGCGGCUGCAGAGAAGAUGUUUGUGAUCUGACUACAUGUUGUUGUUGUGGUUGUUGUUGAGGUUGUUGUUGAGGUUCAGAAUAAUGGUUGACAAUCUGGAGUGUCAUCUCACCACCCUCUUUUGUUAGAAAAUGGAAAACAGAAACACUGGAAUGUCAAAGCUUUUUUAAAUAAAAAAAGUCAAUGUGAGAAUA